AGCAAAUAUAGGCAUGAUCAGGUGGCAGUGUGUCGGAGCGGUGUUGAAGUGGGAGAUGAACCAUGGAGGGGUGCAGGAGGCCAGUCACUAGCCGAGCGAACAGUCGCACAACCAGCAGCAGCAGGAGAAGCAAUAGCCCAGGGAGGCCCCGCAGCAUGCAGCUGGGCGCUCACUAGCACCAAGUGGACCUGGUCCUCUCCUCUUCACCUGGGGCCAGGGCUGCAGAAUGCUCAGUCCUGUCACCCCAUACAGUCUGUCGAAGAUGCACUGGUCUCCGGAGCACACCGCCCCUUUAUCUCAGUGGCCUGAGCAGCACCUGGAUGUCACAUCUACAACCUCACCCCCAACUGCCCACAAACAGGACCCCUAUGCAACAGCUGCUCGCCGCAGUUUUGCCCCUGCAGGUUACCCUUGGGCCAGUGAUGACAUAUCAGCCCUCACUGCUUCUUCUCUGCUCAAACGCUAUGCUGAGAAGUACUCAGGCCUGGAGCUGUCCUAUGAACGCCCCACUGCAGGGGCCUACACAGAACCAGGAACUUUCCUAAAAACUGAAAGUGAGCCCUGGGCUCUGAGUCAGGGCAUAGAGUGUUACCCUGGACUGGAGGCAUUAACUGCCACCAAGGUGGGCCCUGCUUCUGUGGGCAUCCCAGCUACAGGAAGUGUGACAGUAGUGGCCUCUGAUCCAGGCUACAGUGGUGCUGGCUCCUGCAGUGCCCCAUCAUCUCAGGAAUAUCCUCCUGCCUACAACAGCACCUACCUGUCCUCAGGAUACUGCCCUCAGCCUGGCACAGCACUUCCCCCUGCCCCUCUACACUCUUUGCAGGCCGGACCCACUCUAGUGCCCAGCUAUAGCGCCAGCACUCCUGUCUACAACUACCCUCCAGGGUGCUACCCUCAAACCAGCCUGUCCUCUGGAUACAGCCACCCCAGUGCCUCCUACCUACAAUCUGGGAUUAGUGCCCCUACUCCACUGGCUCCUAGGCCCACUAUGGCGGGGGGCAGUUACAGUUACCCAUUUCACAGCCUUGGAGCGAGCUCCGAAGCAGGGGUGCCACUGAAACGCAAAGCCUUUGAGAUGGCAGAGGAAGGACAAGAGGGAGCCGAGGUGGAAGGAUCACGCUACAGAAAGUAUGGUAAUGGCCAUGGAAACUGUCAUAGCAAAGGUCAUGGCAAUGGGCACGGCAAUGGCUACGACAUGAGCAGCCCAGCCUCAGACCCACAGGCGUACAAACCUGGAAAGCCCCUAAUGUCACCCCCUUAUGGCGGAACAGGGGACUACAGCCCACCACCAGGCCUCGCAGGAGAAAGCGUUUCAGGGGAGCACAACUUUCCUCAGCAGCAGAGAAUGUCUAUGAAGAUACCUGCAUCGCACACAAGAUCUGAGGACCCCACUGGAGGGCGCUGA